UAAUGAACAAAAAGGAGAAAUUUUUUAAAUUUGUUUAAUAAAUAAUAAAAAUUUGUGUAUAUUUACAAAUACCGCAAGACUGCUGCUGCUGAUGUUUAGUGAUUAAAUUAGAAUUUUAAACGUGUGUGUGAUCCUCAAAAAGUGUUUCGUUCCUAGUGGAUAUUGAUAAAAAUCAACUUCGCACCUUAAAACUUGAGCAAUAAAUUAAAAUUGAGAAAUUAAAUCAAGUCAUAAAACAUAAAAGAUUAAUUAGUUGAAGGUGUUGCAAGCUUCUGUAAAAAAUUAAGGAGUUUUGUAGCUUAAAAUCCUUUAAUCGAUCAUUUUUAACUUUCUGGAUGUCGACAAAUGCAUUCGUAAAAAGUGAUGAUGAUGUUUUAAUUUAAACUUAAUGUGAUUUUUUUUCCUUUGAGGCAAAACGAAUCUCCGGGUUUUUGCCAAGAAAUUAACAACAAAAAAGUAAUAAUAAUUAUAAAAAAGGAAAGAAGCACAGGAACAAUCAUAAAAAAAAAGAUUUUAAUCAUUUAACAAUUGUUAUAAUUAGUGGAGGCAAUAAAAAUUUAACUAAAGAAUUGCAUUAUUGCUGAAAUAAGCCCCCAAGAAAUAUGAUGGACUGUUGGAUGCACGAAGUGGUGUCUAUGAUGGAAGAUGGCACUACAGCUCGUAUUAAACAAGAAAUUGACUCUUGUUGCAGUCCAUCACCAACCUCAUCAAAUAAUAAUGUUUCAAUUUUAAGUUUUGGUUCAAACGGGCAGGAACCGAUGGACUUUAAAUGUGGCCCGGAGUCGAUGCUUCAUUCGGAUCAAACGUCUCCCGGCUCGCCAGAUAGACAAUUUUGUAGCUCAACUACGUCAGCAAUAGGGGAUUUUGGCAACGAUUCUAAUGUGCAGGAUACAGUAAAAGAAGAGUUACCAAGACGUUUAUGUUUAGUGUGUGGUGAUGUCGCUUCGGGUUUUCAUUACGGUGUAGCCAGUUGUGAAGCGUGCAAAGCUUUCUUUAAGAGAACAAUACAAGGCAAUAUUGAGUAUACAUGUCCAGCAAAUAAUGAUUGUGAAAUAAAUAAGCGCAGGAGGAAAGCAUGUCAAGCGUGUAGAUUUAGGAAAUGUCUAAUGAUGGGUAUGCUUAAAGAGGGCGUAAGACUAGAUAGAGUUCGAGGAGGAAGGCAGAAAUAUAGACGAAAUCCAAACAUGCAACCAUAUCAGCUUCAAAUACCUCAUUCAUCAGCACAGCCGCCUCAAUCACUUGACGACAUCAAAAUGCUCGAUGUGCUGAUGACUUUUGAGCCCGAGAAGUUAUGUGUUGGACAUUGUGGAAUAGAUUUAAUGAAUAAGAAUGAUGAUGAUCAAAAGAAUGAAUGUGUUGGAACGGAUGCACAAGAAAUGCUUAAUAUAUUGAGUGAUUUAUAUGAUAAGGAACUCGUUGGUGUUAUUGGAUGGGCUAAGCAAAUACCAGGUUUUACCGACCUCCCACUUAACGAUCAAAUGCGAUUGUUGCAAGUGAGCUGGGCUGAAAUCUUAACAUUAAUGCUUGCAUUUAGAUCGAUUCCAUUUACUGGACGAUUAUAUUUUGCAUCGGAUUUCUGGCUGGAUGAGCGUUCGGCAAAAGAAUGUGGAGCUACUGAACUUUAUAAUCAUUGCAUUCAAAUAACGCAACGAUUAGAAAAAAUCUCAGCAAGUAAGGAGGAGUACUAUCUGUUGAAAGCUUUAACUUUAUCAAAUUGUGAUAUUCGCUUAGACAAUUAUGAUUCAUUGAAAAAAUUGAGGGAAUCAAUUUUAAGUGCAUUAAAUGAUUGCGUUUUAAUAUUACGACAUUAUAAUGCAGUUGCUCAUCAACAAAAACUGUUAUUGCUUUUACCAUCAUUACGUCAGGCCGAUCACAUUAUUAGACGUUUCUGGAUGAAAGUGCACAAAGAAGGCAACAUAACAAUGAACAAAUUAUUUGUUGAAAUGCUUGAAUCAUUUUCACGAUAAGGAAAAAUUAAAUAACUUUAUUUUUUAUUUGAUUAAAGAAAUAUUUUAUUAAUUUAAUGAUAAGAUAAUUUUAUUAUUUUUUAUUUUCGGUAUCAAACCAAGUUUUUUGUUUGUUGAUAAAAAAAGUUAGAGCAAGAGAGAGAAAAACAAGAAGAAAAUUGCAAUCAAUUGUUUUUAUAUUAAAUUCGAUUAAGUCUAAAUCAAAUUAAGUGCAAAAUUAUACGGUGUACGGUAAAUGCCCAGUGAACUAGAAAUUAUUUGUAAAGCGAUCAAAAUGCCUAAAUUAUGUCCUGUUAGAAAAAAUGUUUGGAAUUGUAUUGUUUUGAAAUUAGUCUAGAACCUUAUAUUGAAUUUUAAAAAAUUGUACGGAAUAUGAAAUGUUCUUAUGGAAACCAUGUAAAUUAUUUAAAAACAUUUGUGUGCUUUUGAAUCAUUAACAACUUUUUUGAAACCAUACAAAUGUGAAAUAUUUUUAAAAACAUUUGAGUUGUUUUCGAAUUUUUUAAAACCAUUCAAAUGUUGGUUCAAAAUAAAAAUUUGUGUGGUUUCCAAAAGAGCUGUCAAAAUGUUUGAAAACCUUACAAAUGUUAAUUUGAAAAUAACUUUUAUGUGGUUUUUAAACAUUUGAAAUUGUCGGAAUCAUGCAAGUUUUACUUUUAUCUAAACAUUUGUAUGAAUCUUUUGUGUCUUGAAGCCGUACGAAUGCACACUAUCCUCAAAACAAUACAAAAAUUGAGAGGUUUCAGAGCAUAUGUAGCAAAAAAAAAAAAGAAAACUGAAGGAAAAGUCGGACAUUUCCUAAUUUUAAAUUCAUAUUUCUUUUUGACUUUAAAAAUUGUUUUAGAAUCUCAACGCAGACAAAAUAAAAUUUAUUGCAAUGUUAAGUAAAAUAUUAGUAAAUAAUAAAAAAAAAAAUCACUUACAUUAAAGAAUAUAAUAACGAUAAAAGCAAUUAACUAUCACUAAAUUUUUGAGGAAUAAAGUAAAAAAGAAAAAUCAAUAAUUUAGUAACUGUGAUAGAGAAAUUUUUUUGAAAGCAAAACAAAAAAGAAAAUCGAGAAUCGCAAAGUAUCUUUGCAGCAUGAAAGAAUUUUUUUAAAUUUUAAUUAAUUUUUUUUGUUUAAUCUUUAUAGUAACAUCAGCAUAACAACACAAACAUAUUCGUUAACCCCCCUUUAAAUAAUAUUUUUUUUUCUUUAAGACUAUUUCGAUAAUUUUUUGUUCUCUAAUUUAAGCUGUGAAAGAAAAAAAUAAUAAAUGAAUAACAAACUAAAGAAGGUUUUUUAAGAAAAACAAAAUUAGAUUACCUCAAAAAUCAUCAGGGACUACAAUGCGAUAUUGAAUAUAAAAGAGAGAUGAAAAGACGAUGUUAGUAUUUGACAUCAAAAUCAUAAAUAGAAAAACACAACAAAACAUGUAGAAAAAAAAAUUGUAUGCAAAGCAAGAACUGGACAUUUUUGAGAUAAGGAACUAAAAGGAUAAUAACAUAAAAAUAUUCAUGCACUGCAUUAAAUUCGGAAUAAUAUUAAUGACUACCACAUAAUUUAAAGAAAAGAACAAACAAAUUUAAUUCAAAUAGCAAAAUAAUGUUUACAGGAUAUCAAAGAAAGAAAUGACUUUAAAUCGUUGUUGCUUAACACGGAGGGGAUAUGGACUUAAUUAAAGUCUUCAUGAAGAGAAGGGUCCGAAUUUCGAAAAUAAAUUGGAUUUCUAUUUUACAACUUAAUAUUUCAAUUCUUCUUUGAAUCAAUAAUAAGAACAAAACUAAGCGUUUUAAGACCUUAAAAAACAAAAUUAGUAAUACGACCCAGAAUUGAAAUAACUUAAUCAAAGUUGCUGAACAAAACGAACCUCCGUGUUGAAUACUCAAACUUUAAAAAUCCUUCAUUACAUUAACUUUGAGCAAAAACAAGCGCAAAAGAUUAAAGAUUUUUAUUUUGUCAUUUUAAGCAUAACUGCAAACGGAAAAGUAAGAUAAUAGAGAAAAGGAAUUUAUUAAUGUGUGAUUUGGAUUUUUUUUAAAAAAAAAAUAACAUAAACCUAAAUAAUAUGUCAUCAAAUUAUCAUUAUUAAACGAUUAUGUAUUUGAGUUAAUUACAAAUAUCAUUCAUAAUUAAUAUAACUACGGAUCAAAAACAGAAGAAGAAAUAAAAUAUAUUAAAGAUACUGGGACAAAAACAAACUAUUAAGAUGUAAAAUGAGGACAAAAUUUAAUAUAUAAUUUCAACAAAGGAAUAUACUAUAUAGAACAUAGGGAAUGAACACUAAUAACUCAGCAAAAAUCAAUAAGUGGAACUAUCAGUUUUUUUAUUGAAUAUUUUAGGAUGUUACUAAUUAUUUUCUCUUUCGUGUAAAUUAGAUUCUGAAUAUGAAGUAGAAACAAAAUAAAUAAAUAAAUAAAAAAAAAAGUAUUAAAAAAUCAAUUUUUUGUAUUUUUCUUAAAUAUAGACCCCCCCC